AUGUACACAGUGCGUUCAACUGUUUCAUUUAUGCAUACAAAUCAUGUAUUUGGUUCUAUAAACUGUUGGAGCUCUGUUGGUCUUGAAUCAACGUGGCACUUGACUUUGGCCAAAGUGCUGGGAGAGGUAAAACUAGGAGGUGAUAUUAAGAGAGAGAUCAUAGAUAAACUAAACAUUGCCUAUGAAAUUGUUUGGAUUGCGAGUUUGAUGUGCACCCUUUUGCCUUCCCCAUGGCAAGCCUCUAGACACUCAUAA